UGCGCACCUCAGUGGGUAGGUUGCCCUCUCGCCUGCUCCCGGUCCGUGGAAGUUAAUUUGUUACGUCUCCCCCUGAGUUAUCGACCACUGGAGUACGAGGGGUUAGCGUGCCUUCCGUAAGCUGACGAAGGUCCCAUGCUGGCUGCAUACCCCCGCUUCCGGGUGUAACAGAGCUCCCAGGCUGGUUCCGAGGCGUAGCCGGUGGCGUAGCCGGUGGCGUAGCCGGUGGCGUAGCCGGUUGACCUGUGGGGUUGUAAGCCCCACCAGCCCGGUUGCCCCGCCUACCUCUCCGACGGGUCAUCUGUCAGCACGACCUGUGCCGGCCGUUAUCCCAUGUAUUAAAUACCUGGCCAUGGAAUACGACCAAAUAUUACAAAUGUCACCUACGAUGUCGGAGGAAGCGAGCGCGGGCUCUGCCUCCGCGUCACAGGCCUCACAGGCCUCACUGGCCUCAAAGGCCUCACAGGCCAGUGCUGGUGGUUCUUCCUCGGUAGACCAGGGACCUGCCGCUACCGANUCACAGGCCUCACAGGCCUCAAAGGCCUCACAGGCCAGUGCUGGUGGUUCUUCCUCGGUAGACCAGGGACCUGCCGCUACCGACCCGAAGGCUUCAGGAGAGGCUAUCGACGAGAUGCUGGCCGCAAAUGACCCCGACAGCAAGAAGCGCAAGUACCCAGAGCCCGGCUUCCCAACUGAAAGGUCAGGAGCAGUCGGAAAGAAAGCCGACAUCGAAGAAGCCCUGGUGGAAUUCAUCAACGAUCAGCGCAAGCAUCACGUCGGCUGUGGUAGCAUGGCGGUCAUGAACAAGCUGCUUGAGUUGAAGCCGGAUGCCCUUGGCGGGCUGACAGCCAAGCCGAAGCCGGAGGAGGCGUUGGCUUUCAAGUCCAAAUUCAAGAGCUGGUACCAACGUUUCCGAAAAAGGAACAAGUUCAGCAUCCGCCGGCGUACAAGCGUGGGCCAAAAGCUACCGAAGGGACACGAGGGCAUGGCGUGGGCGACGUUGAUGAAGCUGCGUAAGGCUCUCCUGGAGCGUGCUGGCGAGAUCUACGCUCAGCGCUACCCGCCUGCACCUGGCGAGAGCCCCAUCAGAGGGGAGGACCUGAGUUCAUCGCAGCUGGAGUUGGUGACCGACGAAUUGUUCGAAGAACUGGGCAACAUGGACCAGACGCCAGUCCAGCACGAGAUGCCGGUGGAGACGACUCUGGAAAAGGCCGGUGCGAAGGAUGCCCGCAUCGCCACCGGAGCCGGCGAAAAGAGAAGGAACGCUUCACGCUCUGCCUGGCUGCCUCGGCGGAUGGCAAGGUCCCGCCUCGCAUCAUCUUCAAGGGUACGCCUUUCGUUCCGCCUGCCACGCCCGGGAAGGGAAAGGCGACUCAGCCGCGGAAGAACUCUAUCGCGUGGGAGGUACUUCCCGCGAACCGCUCCAAGCACGGGCUCCCCGUGGGAGGCAUGUCCUUCGGGGGUGCAGGAGAAGAGCUGGUGUGACCUGCGGGAGUGCAAGCUCUGGAUCAAGGACAGCUGGAAGCUCCGUCCCAACAACGGCAGCAUCGUCCGGCAGCGCCGAUGCAUCUUGGUGCUGGACGACUUCAAGUGCCACAAAGACGAUGGCUUCAUCGCGGCCCUCAACAAGGAAGCCAACACCAUCGUCAUCUUCAUCCCAGGCGGGUUGACCCCUCUCCUCCAACCGCUGGAUCGCAUGCUCAACAAGCAGAUGAAGCGGCUGCUGCGGGGCAUGUACACGGCAAACACGGCAAAGGCGGCCAGGGACCCCAAGACGGGCAAUCUGGCACCGCCGGGGCGUGGGGCCGUCGCUACUUGGUGCAAGAACGCGUGGGCAUCCAUCACCCCCGAGACAGUCAAGACUUGCUUCAAGAUCUGCGGCCUCACGCUCGCGCUCGACGGCAGCGAAGACCACGCCUGGUGCCUGCACAACUUCGGGGACGGAUACCGCGAGCUCCUGGAGCAGCAGCGCGUCGAAUGGCUUGCGGAACACCCCAACGUGACUCUGCCGACGCUCCAACUUCCGAAGGUACCAGCCGAAUCAACCGCCAAUCACAUCGAGGCUGCAGCAAAGGAGCUCGAGGCGGGGCUUUUGCCUUGCGGCGACGACAGCGACAUCGAGAUUGAGGAUGACGACAGCGAUGUAGAAGUCGUGGAAGGGGCGGGGGAUAAAGCAGUGAUUGAGCUGUAA